GCUGGCAUGCAGGGAGCCAGGCAUACCCAAUAUGGUUUCUCAUUAUCAGAUCUCCACCUCAACAAGAUGCACUCAAGUCUGUUUCCUGUCGGUUUUCCACCACUUGAUCAUGCUGCUGCAACCCCUAGUCCCUCCAAUAGUACAUUAAUUCCCAAGCCAAGUAGCAGCGAUGAUAUGUCUUGUUUGCUAACACUCGGAAGUUCCACCAAAACAGUGACCAAAUCUGAUUGUGACAAAGCACCACAACUUGUACUCUUUGGUCAACCCAUAUUUACUGAACAGCAGAUCUCUCUAAGCAGCUCAGGAGAUACGGUUUCUCCUGUUUGUGCAAGGACUAGUUCUUCAGAUGGAAAUGCAGAUAAAAUAGGGAACAUAUCUGAUGAAUCGGGUUCUACGUUUGAUCAUCGUGGUCUAUCUGAGUUAAAUGUAGAGAUUGGACACUGUAAAGUUUUCAUAGAAUCAGAAGAUGUAGGACAAACAUUGGAUUUAUCAGUGCUGGGAUCGUACGAGGCGUUAUGCAAGAAGUUGUCCAAUAUGUUUGGCAUUGAAACCUCAGAGGUGCUUAAUCGUGUGCUUUACCAAGAUAUCACUGGUGCGGUGAAGCAACUUGGUGAUGAACCAUUUAAUGACUUUGUGAAAACAGCACGAAGGUUAACAAUUUUAACGGAUGCAAGCAGCAUAGGCGCUAGGGAGUAGAGCGAACCAGUAAAAUCUUCAUUUUGAUAUCAAACUGUGAGCGCUAUUCCUGCACUUUCUUCUUGGACAUAUCCAGUAGUAGAAGCUCAAACUGUUGAAUGACUGAGAUUCUGCAACUUUUCAGCUCUAAUCUUGGACAGUAUGUUUACUAGGUUUGGCGAUUAUUUUGAGUUUUGUUUUCAGACAAUACCUACAACGAACAAGAUAAUCUUGCUUUUUGUAGGCUUUGUCUGCUCAUUCUAAAGUUAGGCUACUUUUAGCGUGCUUGUUACUGCGAUGGUAGAAAUUCUGUCUCGUUUUCAGUAUAUUGCUCUUUACAGUUGAAAAUUUGAGAAAUACAAGAAUCAUGUUGUCUUCA